AGCAUGCAGGUCUUCCAGUACCCGGAGGUGUACCGGGACGAGUCGUCGGUGCAAGAUUAUCAUGGCUGUAAAGUAUGUGACCCGUACAGCUGGCUCGAAGAUCCUGAUAGUGAACAAACAAAGGCUUUUGUGGAGGCACAAAAUAAGAUCACAGUGCCCUUUCUUGAACAAUGCACAGUCCGAGGCCUGUUUAAAGAACGGAUGACUGAACUGUAUGACUAUCCCAAGUAUAGUUGUCAUUUCAAAAAAGGAAAAAGGUAUUUUCAUUUUUAUAAUACCGGCCUUCAGAACCAACGAGUAUUAUAUGUGCAAGAUGCCUUGGAUGCAGAUGCCAAAGUAUUUCUUGACCCAAAUAAGCUUUCAGAUGAUGGUACUGUGGCUUUGCGAGGUUAUUCAUUCAGUGAAGAUGGUGAAUAUUUUGCGUAUGGCUUGAGUUCGAGUGGGUCAGACUGGGUUACCAUUAAAUUUAUGAAAGUGGACAAUGCUGAAGAACUUCCAGAUGUACUGGAAAUGGUAAAAUUCAGUUGUAUGUCUUGGACCCAUGAUGGUAAAGGCAUGUUCUAUAACUGCUACCCAAAGCAAGAUGGGAAAAGUGAUGGAACUGAAACGGCAACAAACCUGCAUCAGAAGUUGUACUAUCAUGUCUUGGGAACUGACCAAUCAAAAGAUGUUUUAUGUGCUGAAUUUCCUCACGAGCCAAAAUGGAUGGGUGGAGCUGAGGUAUCAGAUGAUGGGCAAUAUGUUUUGCUGUCCAUACGACAAGGAUGUGAUCCAGUGAACCGACUGUGGUACUGUGAUCUACAGAAGGAAUCAAAUGGCAUAACUGGUAUUCUUCAGUGGGUGAAACUGAUAGACAACUUUGAUGCAGAAUAUGAUUAUGUCACCAAUGAGGGGACGGUGUUUACCUUCAAGACGAAUCAUCAUGCUCCAAAUUAUCGAUUAAUUAACAUUGAUUUUAGUGAUCCUGAAGAAUGCAAAUGGAAAGUGCUGGUUCCUGAGCAUGGCAGGGAUGUUCUGGAAUGGGUAGCUUGUGUUAGAUCCAACUUCCUUGUCCUGUGUUAUCUCCAUGAUGUGAAGAAUGUCCUGCAACUUCAUGACCUAGCAACGGGUGCCCAUCUCAAGACGUUUCCAUUGGACGUAGGCAGCAUUGUGGGAUACAGUGGCCAAAAGAAAGACAGUGAAAUAUUUUAUCAGUUUACAUCCUUCUUAUCACCAGGUAUUAUUUAUCACUGUGAUCUUACCAAAGAAGAACUGGAGCCAAAGGUUUUCAGAGAGAUCACAGUAAAAGGAUUUGAUCCUUCAGCUUAUCAAACAGUGCAGGUUUUUUAUGCCAGCAAAGAUGGUACUAAGAUCCCAAUGUUUAUUAUCCACAAGAAAGGAAUAAAAUUAGAUGGGUCUCAUCCUGCGUUCCUUUAUGGUUAUGGUGGGUUCAACAUAUCUAUCACACCAAGCUACAGUGUUUCAAGACUUAUUUUUAUAAGGCACCUUGGUGGUAUUCUAGCUGUAGCAAACAUCAGAGGAGGAGGUGAAUAUGGAGAGAGGUGGCACAAAGGUGGUAUCCUAGCCAACAAGCAAAAUGGAUUUAAUGACUUUCAGUGUGCCGGAGAGUAUCUUAUCAAACAGGGAUAUACUUCUCCAAAGAAGCUGACCAUUAAUGGAGGCUCAAAUGGAGGCCUGCUAGUGGCUGCCUGUGCCAAUCAGCGCCCAGAUCUCUUUGGCUGUGUUAUUGCUCAAGUAGGGGUCAUGGACAUGUUGAAGUUCCACAAAUUCACAAUUGGUCACGCUUGGACAACAGACUAUGGCUGCUCGGAUUACAAAGAACAGUUUGAGUGGCUGUACAAGUAUUCUCCACUUCAUAACAUUAAAAUACCUGAAGGCGAUGGAAUCCAGUAUCCUGCCAUAUUACUUCUCACAGCCGAUCACGAUGACCGUGUGGUGCCUCUUCAUUCCUUGAAAUUCAUUGCGACUCUGCAGCAUGUUGCAGGGCGAAGCCCCAAACAGAGCAGUCCUCUGCUCAUUCAUGUUGACACCAAGGCCGGCCAUGGUGCUGGAAAGCCAACCGCUAAAGUGAUAGAGGAAGUGUCUGAUAUGUUUGCCUUUAUAGCACGAUGCCUAAAUCUCGAGUGGAUAGAAUAGAUCACAAUGGUCUCUGUUAGAAAUCAAGGGCUUUAACAUCACCUUAAAAACAUGAGCCAACCAAGCACCUGGUAUAGUACUUACAUUUAAGAAUGGCAAUUCCCAGCUUCCUAUCAACUUUGUAUCUUUUCUGCUUCUAUUCAGUGGUUAAUUGGCUUCUCAUUUUAGUUCCGGUCAUUCGUUUUC